AUGGCGCAAAGAAUCGUCACCGUCUGCCAUAGCGCACCAGUCCUCCUCUUAGCGUUUCUGCUCGUCCUCCCGCAUCUCACCGUGAGCGCGCACGAAGCGGGAAAGUUACCAGACGCCCCAUGCGACGCGGACAGCAGUCAAACCGCGCACUUCUGGUGGCCGUGGAACACCACCCCCCGCAAAUUAACCGCUCGGCGAUUGGUCGAAACACCCUCUGCUGAACCAGCAUCCACCGCCGGCAGAAGGCUUGCGACGAAGGAGAGCGCGACAUUGCCGAGUAGACUGCCGGAUAUGCCGUCGCCCACUCCCACCGUCACCACGUCAGCCACCUCGCCGGAGAAGAAAAGCAAGGCGCCCAAGGGCAGCGUGAGCACAGGAGUCAUGCCGCCCGAAUCCACGAAAAAACCAACUCCCGCAAAUCCCAAGCAUACGUCGCCGUCGCCCAAGAAACCCGCCCCCUCCCCCAAGACUCCCGCGCCAGCUCAUGGCGGAAAGUCGCCCGCUGCGGACGGGAAGAUUCCGCCGACUAAGAGCCCGGAGACUCCGCCCAAGGAAGGUGGCUCUUCUACUGGAAAAAAACAUCCCACCACACCGAAGCCCCAAUCCCCAAAUCCCUCUCAAAGCAGCCCUCCUCUCCCCCAAACUCCGCCCUCUGCUCCCUCUACGCCCUCUGCGCCGUCUCCGCCCAAGAACACCAGCGGUUCCGCUCAGAAACCUCCCGCCUCACCCAGCCCCCCUCCCGUAAGCCCCCCCCCACCUUCCCCCAAGCCCACGCCCGCGCCGAAACCGCGCCCGACGAAGCGGCGCGACGCGAACGAGACGGCCCCGACGGGGCCGAGCAACGCGGUGGGAUCGGCAGACUGCCAGUACCAAGCCGCGAAGGAGCUCGCGUCGUGCGCCAUGGGGUUCGCGCAGACGGCGGGCGUGAAAGGCGGGCAGGCGUUGGAGGUAACGCGGUACAUCGUGGAGAGCGAGUUUGAUUCGUUGGACGGGUCGCAGAUGUCUGUCGGGUCGCUGCGCUGGGCCGUGACGUACCUGCGCGACGGCGCGUACAUCCGGUUCGCGCGCAGCAUGGAGAUCGUGCUGCAGGGGAACCUGUUCCUGCGGUCGCGCACGACGUUCGACGGCCAGGGCUUCCACGUGCGCAUCACCAACGGCAGCCUCGUGCUGCAGAACGUUAAUGACGUCAUCGUGCACAACAUCGAAGUGUCGGGGCAGCCGCGCGGCGAUCUGAUCCCGAUCUACAACAGCUCGCGCGUGUGGGUGGACCACUGCCGCCUCUUCGGCGGGCUCACGGGGACCGUCGACGUCGGGAAGGGCAGCACUGACGUUACCAUCUCCAACAGCUACGUCAGCAGCUACGGGCAGACGAUGCAGCUGGGUCUGUCCGACGUGGAGAACGCCGAUACGGCGAUGCGCGUCACUCUGUAUCGGAACUGGUUCAACGCGUCGGGCGCCAUGCAGCCGCUGUGCCGCAAGGGGUGGUGCCACGUGGCGAAUAACGUGUACACGAGCUGGGGGUACUACGCGAUCGCGGCGCGCAAAGGCGCCGUGAUCCGGUCCGAGAAGAAUUUCUUCCGGCCUGACCCGGCGGGCAGGCGAAAGGAAGUCACGCCGUACUGGAAAGGCAUGCCCCCGACGGACGGCAGCUACGAUCCGACGGUCACGAUCGUCUCAAUCGACGACUUCCUGGCAGGCAACGCGACGUUCUCCGACACGGCGUAUCGCGGCCCGACGCCGGUAUUCACGCCGCCGUACACGCUGACGUUCCCGAAGAGCACGCGCAUGCUGGAGUCAUGGGUGCAGUUCAACGCGGGCCCGAAAUACGACGCGCUGCUAGAGCUCGCUCCGCCCAACCCGGCCUUCCUCCCCCCCGCGCCCUCGCCCCCUCCUUCUCCCGAUUCCACUGCCAGCAACGCCACCGCCGGCAACGGCACCGCCGGAAAUGGCACAGCCGGCAACGGUACGGCUGGCAACGGCACUACCAGCAACUCGUCGUCGCGACAGGGCUCGCUGCGGUGGGGCAUUUCGAACUACGCGCGCACGGGCGCGGUGUUCCGGUUUGCGCGCGACAUGACGAUCGUGCUGGCGGCGCCGCUGUACGUCAAGUCGCAGACGACCAUCGACGGGCGCGGCAGGAGCGUGAAGCUGGUGGGGGACAGCCUGCUGGUGCAGCACUCGCGCGGCGUCAUCAUACAUAACAUCGAGAUCUCCGGCAGCGUGCGUGCCCCAGCGCACAUAGCGCUGUACAACAGCACGGGCGUGUGGCUGGACCACUGUCGCUUCUCCAACACCUCCACGCUCUCCGGCGCCAUAGAGCUCGCGCGCAACAGCACAGGCGUCACCAUCUCCAACUGCCACUUCGCCUCCAACCAGCAGGGCUUCGCGUUGCACCUUGGCCAAUCCGACUCCGACAAUAUCAACUCCGGUAUGAACGUUACGGUGUACCGUAACUGGUUUGACCGGUCCGCGGCACCUGCGUGGCAGCCCAUGUGCCGGCUGGGGCUGUGCCACAUGGCGAAUAAUCUGUACACGGGGUGGACGGGAGAUGCCAUGGAGGCGCGUGUGGCGGCGCAGGUGCUUCUAGAGCAGAACCAGUUUCAGGCAGGUGCGGCGUCGCGGCAAGUCGUGGCGAAUACAACAGCGCCGGUUCCUGGGCUGGUGGCAGCUGUGAAUAACACGCUGCUGCAGUGGACGGAUGGAGGGGGAGCGGUGGCUCCAAUGCCGGUCAUAUGGGGCCCGGUGUAUGUGGCAGUGGAGGGCGGCGUGCAGGUGUUUGUGCCCCCGUAUGGUCUGGACCUCAUGCCUUUGGACCCCAACUUCACGGCGUUUGUCAAGGCCAAUGCUGGCCCUCACGCCAAGUAG